AAUUAAUAGGAAUUUUUGGAAAAUCCAUGUAUUGCUAAAGAGAAGUUUGAUACUUGUAAAUCUAUAAAUAGAAUUCCAUAUUUGGGCUUCUCAACACCUCAACAUGGCAGCCCUCAAAAUCUCCAAAAAGCACCAUAAACACCUGAACAAUCCUUUCCCAUCAACCCCCUCUUCUCUCCCCCUCCUUCGAGGAAGUCUUUUUUUCAAUCCCCAGACGUUUCCUUCUGACCAGACCUUCAUUGUUGGGAAGGAUUUUCAGGUACUUUGGAGCACCGGCAAUGGGGGAUCUCUCUCAAUUUCUCAUAAAUCUAAUCCUUCCAGACCCAUUUGGUCAACCGUCCCCGGACAAGCCUUUGUCUCUGCAGCAUUGGCUGAAACAGAGGUGGAAGAAAGCAGGGGAUCGUUUGCCAUUAAAGAUGGAAAUGUUCACUUGCUGUGUAAUGAUCAGACAGUGGAGGAUAUCAGGCUGAUAAAUGAAAAUGACUGUUAUUUGGAGGCAAAUGAGCUUGAUUUUCUAUCGGGGAAUCAGGGAUUGGACCAAAAACCAUAUUUGAAAGAUACCCAGUUCCCUAUUUUGCUCGUAACAGGUUGGGUUUUCAGAAAGAAGAAAAAGAAGUGCUUUCAGAAUACCGAAAUUCAUGAAAGGUUACAAUUGGAAGCAGAACGCUCCACUUAUGCAAGAUAUUGGGUUUUGUUUGAUCAAAAAACAAGCAACCAAAUUGGGUUUCAAGUGAAGUUUGGAAAGCCCAGCUUUGAAUUUCGCUCAAGAGCUUUUCCAACAGCCUCCAGAAGAUUUCGGGGGCUGAAGCGGAAACUGCGUCGGACUGGGAGAUCACGACUUGGGUUGUUGUCCUUUUCAAGGGCAAGAGGAUUUGUGAAAGUUUCAUCAUCAGAAGAGGAAAAAGAAGAAGAGAAGGUAGCAGAAUCCAUAGGUUUUAACAGGGUCUGUUUAACCUAUUCAAGUGAAGAAAAUGAGAGAUUUUAUGGUUUUGGAGAGCAGUUUUCUCAUUUAAAUUUUAAAGGCAAAAGGAUACCGAUUUUCGUUCAAGAACAGGGCAUUGGAAGAGGAGAUCAACCCAUCACUUUUGCAGUUAAUUUGGUUAGCUACAGAGCUGCGGGUGAUUCAAGUACAACUUAUGCUCCUUCACCACACUAUUUGACAUCGAAGAUGAGGUCUCUUUACCUAGAAGGGUAUGAUUACUCCGUGUUUGAUCUAACAAGAAAAGAUAGAGUUCAGAUACAGAUACAUGGAGAUUCAGUUCAAGGUAGGAUAUUGCAUGGAAACUCACCUUCAGAGCUCAUUGAACGCUUCACAGAAACAAUUGGGAGACUUCCUGAGCUUCCUGAGUGGAUUAUAUCCGGUGCUGUUGUUGGAAUGCAGGGUGGCACAGAUAGUGUCCGCCAAGUUUGGGAGAAACUACAGGCUCACAAUACCCCUGUUUCAGCAUUUUGGCUGCAGGACUGGGUCGGUCACAGGGAGACUCUGAUUGGAUCACAGCUUUGGUGGAAUUGGGAAGUGGAUACGGCAAGGUACUGGGGAUGGCAGAACCUAAUUAAGGAUCUUAGUGCUCAGCAUAUUAAAGUGAUGACAUAUUGCAAUCCUUGCCUAGCUCCGACUAAUGAGAAGCCAAACAGAAGGAGAGAUCUCUUUGAAGAGGCAAAGAAGUUGGACAUCUUGGUGAAAGACAAGAAUGGAGAUACGUACAUGGUUCCAAAUACAGCUUUUGAUGUGGGAAUGUUGGACUUGACACAUCCAGAUACUGCAAGUUGGUUCAAGCAGAUCUUACAAGAAAUGGUGGAUGGUGGAGUAAGAGGAUGGAUGGCUGAUUUUGGUGAAGGCCUUCCAGUGGAUGCUUCCCUCUAUUCAGGAGAAGAUCCUAUUGCUGCUCACAACAGAUAUCCAGAACUAUGGGCCCAAAUGAACCGAGAGUUUGUGGAAGAAUGGAAAAGUGCCCAUUCAGGCAAGGCAAGGGAAGAUCCAGAAGAGGCCUUGGUCUUUUUUAUGAGGGCUGGUUUCAGGAAUAGUCCCAAAUGGGGAAUGCUAUUCUGGGAAGGGGACCAAAUGGUGAGCUGGCAGGCAAAUGAUGGGAUAAAGAGUGCUGUUGUUGGCUUGCUGAGUAGUGGGAUUUCUGGCUAUGCAUUUAACCACAGUGAUAUUGGAGGCUACUGUGCAGUAAAUUUACCUGUUAUUAAGUAUCGAAGAAGUGAAGAGUUGCUUUUGCGAUGGAUGGAGGUUAAUGCUUUCACCGUUGUCUUCCGAACACAUGAAGGAAACAAACCAUCCUGCAAUAGCCAAUUCUAUUCAAACCACAAAACUUUAGCACAUUUUGCACGCUUUGCAAAAGUGUACAAAGCUUGGAAGUUCUACAGGGUCCAACUUGUUAAGGAAGCUGCUCAGAAAGGCCUGCCUGUUUGCCGGCACCUAUUUCUCCACUACCCAAAUGAUGAACAUGUUCAUAAGUUGAGUUAUCAGCAGUUUUUGGUUGGUACAGAGAUCCUAGUGGUGCCAGUUCUUGACAGAGGCAAAAAGGAUGUUAAGGCCUACUUUCCAGUUGGAGAAAGUUGUUCUUGGCAGCAUAUAUGGACAGGAAAAUUAUUUGCAAAACCAGGUUCUGAAGUUUGGGUGGAAGCUCCAAUUGGCCAUCCUGCCAUAUUCGUUAAGGAGGGUUCUAUUAUUGGAGAAACCUUCCUGAAAAAUCUGAGGGAAUUCAAUAUUCUGUAAAGCAGCAAUGCUCAACAGUCCAAACUGAUCAAGGUUUCAAUCCUUGAAGCCUAAGGGUUAUAUCUUCAGUCAAAAAUUGAAAUCUUAAAUAUCAUUUUUUUAUUUCA